UUAGCAUAAUGAAAACAACAGACAAGUAGGGGUCUAAUCUUGGUUCGAAUAAUUUGAUCACAUUUCUUAGCUAUCUAUCAUAAUUAUCGAUAUGAAAGUUUCACAGGUGAUAAACUGUAGUUUUUCGUCAUGGUAUCCGGCAUUUCAUGAUAUUAGUAUACCAAGCUUGGUAAUACCACUACCAAGUGAAUUUAUUGAAUACUUGAAUUCUGAAGGUGUAGCUCUUCCGGAUAGUGCUGUACAUGAUAGUGGUGGUGCUGGUUAUGAUAGUGAUGAUACAAAUCAGGUAAAUUGGAAAACACAAGAUGCUGCCAGAGCUGAAGUACCUGCUUUUCCAGAAUUUGAAAAAGAGAUCAAAGAAAAUAUUGAAAAACUGGGAGGAAAGGUUUUUCCCAAACUAAACUGGAGUUCCCCCCAAGAUGCAACAUGGAUUUCUUUUGAUAAAACACUGAAAUGUACAUGUCCCUGUGAUGUAUAUCUGUUGUUAAAAAGUUCAGAUUUUAUUACUCAUGAUCUUACUGAACCAUUCACUCAUUGUGAAGACUGUGGAACACAAGAUCCAAUUAAAUAUGAGCUUGUUUUAAGGAAAUGGAUAGAUAUUCAACCAGGAAUGGAAUUUCGCUGCUUUGUGCGCGAUAACAAUUUAAUUGCAAUAAGUCAAAGACAUCAUACUCAAUUUUAUGAGUUCAUUGGAAAAGAAUGUAAAGAAAUUGUUACAGAUAUAAUGUUUUUUUAUGAAGAAAAUAUUAAAGGAAAAUUUCUGGAUGAAAGUUUUGUAUUUGAUGUUUACAGAAAAGAAAAGGGUAUGGUAAUACUUCUUGAUUUUAAUCCAUUUGGUCACGUGACUGAUUCUCAACUGUAUAAAUGGAAAGAAUUAACAGCUGAGACUAUACCUGAUAGUUCAGAUGGACCAACUGAACCUGAUCAACCAUCAUUUCGUUAUGUUCAAACUAAAGAUUGCAUACAACCAAGUUCCUAUGCUGGUUUUGGCAUACCAAUAGAUUUUAUGGACCUAGCUACUGGUCAGGAUCCGUCUAAACUCAUGGAUUUUCUUUCUCUGAACAAUGAUAGUUUCCAAGAUUAUAAUUACUAUGGUGAAGAAGAUGAUGAUGAUGAUAGUACUAAUGCUACAUAGGUACAACAUGCCAAGACAAAUUUGUUAUUGAUAGUGUAACACUCUACUAUAACACACUGACAGACUAUAGCUGUUCUCAUACUUUACAGUUGCUCAACAGUUGCUAGCUUUCUUAUAGAGUAUGGUGUGUCACUACACAAGUGUGGGAUGACAACAGGUCUAUGAUCAUCUCUACUAGACAUAUAACAUAUACACAUCAAGUGUUUUGUUCUGUAAUUGUUCAUGAUUUGAAGAUAUUAACCUGUGACAGUCAAAUGAACAGAUUGUAUACUGUGGUUUAGUUUGAAGAAUUUAUACCUCAUUUUACAAAUGGAGUUUUAACUUUGACUGCUUUAUCCAUUGGUAUUUUAUAAAAAGUUUUAAUCGCUGAAUUAUAAAAUAUUUAUAACAUUCCUGUAUUAAAAGUUGGACAUUUUAAA